UCGUAUGUAUAUAAUUCACAUCGAAUGUUUAUAUUUUUCAAAUACAUUUUUCUUUCAUAAUUUUAUUAUUGGGAAAAAUGCAAGCUAAAUUGGGAAAAAAUUGACAAUUUUUAGGAGGUGAAAGGGCCAAAAUUCGGACCCAAAAUGGACCUUAAAAAAUCACUGGGGUGUUAAAUUACCUUCUUACGACUAUUGUGGUACUUACAUGAGGGUUAAUUUGCUGCUGUGAUAUAAAGUUCUCUUAAUGACCGCAUAAUAAUUUUCCCUUCAAUUUCUGAGCAUUUGUAGAUCAUGGAUUGCAUAGCACAAUCAAUCGAAUUAGCAAUGUUUGUUUACAUCCAUGUUGUAUAUGUAAUUUAUAAUUUAGCAUUGGUCAUGAUCUUGUUUGCUUUAGUCACUUUACACAGGCAUAAUACACUAAAAUUAUAAAUCCCACUAGGGAUGUACGAUUUACUGGUAUAUUGGAAUAUCGUGAUAAUUCGUCCCACGAUACGAGGGAGAAUUUUAUCAUCAUCAUAGUUUGUGAUUCAUGAAUUUGUUUAUUAUUUGAUCUGAUUUUUAGUUAUUUGUUUCAUUACUGUGAGUGAGUUACACUUUACUUCUAGAAAAUGAAUGUUUAAAAUAAAAUGAAUUUGGCUUUUUUGCACUUUAACACCAAAGCAGUAAUGAAAAUAACACAGAAUUAAGGAAAAUCGGAAUGUCCUAAAAUAUAAUGACCAUAUCAUUAUGAUAUUGUGAAAAAAAAAAAUUGUGAUAUAUCGCAAUAAAUGCAAAAUUUUUGGCAAUACCCAUCCCUAACACACACAAAAUAUUCUUAUCCUUGAUUAUCACCAUUGUCGACGAUGAAGUGCAAGUUGACUCUCAGGCCCUUCAGACCUUGGAUAUAUAUCUUAAGGAGGUAUGCUACACCAGAGAAAUUUGAUGUAGAUGAAAAGUGGAGGAUAUGUACAAUAAUAUUUUGAAGUUGAAAAUUUUCAAAUUUACUUUAUUUUGUCAGAAAAUACAGUUUUAGUAGAAGGUAAUCUGAAAAAAAAUUUAAAACCCCAGCUGGACUUGAGCCUGCGACCUACAGUUCAGCAGUCAGUAUUCUAACCUACUGAGCUACUCGGCUAGGUAAUUAAAUGGAAAAGGAAAAGUCAAAUAUUGCUGAUAUUAAUUUUUUCAUCCAUGUUUUUAAAGGAAGUCAGCCAUUAUGACGAUGUAGAGUACUGCCUUAAUGGCCAGGCCUUUCAUUUCAUACCAUCAACUAUGUGACAUUAACCUUCUCCCAGAAGAGAAAGGUCAUAGUAGUUAUAUUAGUGUUGAGGCAUCCCCAUGUUGUAUGAAUGUAGGAACCCUUUGAAAUUUUCAUGGGAGUAAAGAUUGAAAAAAAAAUCUUUGAAGAUCACAACAGCUUAACCACAAUGUGACCCAGGGUAGUCUCCUGCCUAACCUCCUCAGUUAUGUGACAGUGCAUUCCUGAUAACAAGUGUGGAGAAACUACGGCUUUGACUACCGGGUCAUAGUCUUAUGAGUGCACACUGAGAGAGGCAGCAACCAUGUCAGGCAGUGUGAAACUCCUUCAAAGAAUACACAAAUCUAAUAUAUUGAGGCUACUGAAUAGAUCAAAGUCUUAUGAACAGAUUUCCUCCCUACAUAGUUAUGUCAGGAAAUCUUCAGCUCUUCAAAAACGGCAUCUUUUCGAAUCUAGAUUUAAAGGAUCGGCUUGGCAGUAUGCUGCGCAAAGGUCCCAUGUCAGCUCAGUGUCACUGCAGGGUUCAAGAAACAAAGAUGUGACUCUGAAUCAGGAGGGAUUGCUGUUAUGUUAUGGACACUAUAACCUGGAUCUUCCUUAUGUUUGGCUAAGAGAUCAUUGUCGAUGUGAUGUUUGCUAUAAUCACGAAACAUGCCAGAAGAAUGUGGAUAACUAUAAGCUGGAUUUGGACAUCAAACCUACCCUUGUCACAUUUGAUGGAACAGUACUGACUCUAGAAUGGCCAGAUAAGCACCUGACAAGUUACAAUAUUGACUGGCUGUUGGAGAACUCCUACCACGAUCAACACAACGACAGGGUGGAGAAGCUUCUGUGGAACAAAGACGUGAUGACCGCGACAACGGAGCAGCCAAUGGUACCCUGUAAAGAUUUCAUGCAUUCAGAGAGUGGCCUCAAAGCUCACGUGAAGAACCUCUUGAAAUUUGGAUUUUCUAUUGUGACAGAGGUGCCUGCUGACCACAAAGGAACACUUGCUGUAUCCCAGCGACUAACUUUCAUACAGCCCACUUUAUUUGGCCCCUCCUGGACUUUCACCUCCAACAUGGCUUUCGGGGACACGGCGUACACUACAUUAGGUCUUAAGGCUCACACCGACAACACCUACUUCAUGGCACCUUCUGGCAUUCAGGUUUUCCAUGUAUUGGAGCACAAUGGAACCGGCGGUGAAACACUUCUAGUGGACGGCUUUCAUGUUGCAGAGACUCUGAGAAGAAAUAACCCUGCGGAGUUUGAGUGCCUGGCUGAGACGGUGGUUCCUCAUGAGUUCUAUGAUAAGGAACACCGUGUCAGAAGUCUGGGCACAGUACUUACUCUUCACCCAACCACCAAAGAGCUCCUUAGUAUUAGGUACAAUCCAUACGACAGAUCACCACUCCACACCGUGCCUCCAAAUCAAAUCAGAAGAUUCUACAAAAGUUACGCAGCAUUGUCAGAAGAAAUCGGUAAAACCGACAACGAAUUCUGGAUCAAGCUAAAGCCAGGGAUGGUCCUCUUUGUGGAUAAUUGGCGAGUCAUGCAUGGUCGAUCAGCAUUCAUAGGUCAGCGAAGGGUCAGUGGGUGCUAUUUACCGCGUGAUGACUGGUUUGGACAAGCGAGACUUCUUGGAUUCCAGAACCUGUGAACCAUUUAGACAUUGUUUAACUAUAUUUUAUAUACUUUUUCCCCAAGCCAAAGUGUGAUACUUACCUAAAGGGAUGGAGAUUUAUUUUGAUUAUACAGAUCCUGCCUAUUCUGUGAUUAUACACAUGUUGAUCCUGCCUGUUCUGUGAUACAUGACGGAAUAUUACUUAUCUGUCAGCUAUAUAUAUGUUAUAGUUAUGGUUAUUGCAUCGAAAGUGGAUUAACAUGCCUAAUUGAGUUCACUCAAUGCAAAGGAAUUUUUUUUCUUGUGCUCUUUUAAAGGAGACAUUAAUUUUCUUAACCUUUCAUAGGUGCAUAAAUUUGAAUGGAUUUAUAAAAUGAUAGUAUAAAAAAGUAAAAUCAUAGUUGAUUAUUUGUCAUUGUGAUGAAUUGAUAUUUGUCCAUGAACAAGAAAAAUUGAACAACAAUAAUUCGAAUUGAACAAGCUUUCGACCAUAAAAUAAAGUCUGCAUUUAUCAAAUGACAACAGUUUAGUGACAACUAUUUAGCCCCACUACCAUUAAUAAGUGAUUCUACAAUACAAUUGAAUUUCAAAAGAAGCUAAACCAUCAUUGUAAAGUUUUGAUCACCACAGCUAAGCUCUACCAUUUUGCAAAUUCAUUGUACAUGUACAUGCUUUUAUUCAUUUUACCAGAGCCUGGUUUGUACUACAUUCCACGCUUUUAUUUCAACAUACCCUUAGGCUACCAAAGCAUACAAAUUUCAUCAAAUAGCAUACAGAUUGCCGAGAAUCACGUAGCAUAUCCUGGACUGUAUUUUCAUCAAGUAGACUUGCAAUAAAAUACAUACAUUUC